GUAACACUCACAGUGCCGCAGUCCUAUCGGCGUUACAAUGCGCGCGUUGGCCGAUUAUUAAAUCGCCCGUCCCCGGCUAAUCGUAUUCCGUAACUUUCGCGAAAUUAGUCGUUUCGCGAUUAACCGCGCGAUCGUCUGUGAAAACGUUCGACUGCACUCGCGCGAACGUUUUCGAUGUGAGUGCGUUUCAUUGGUUGGCGUUGACAUUGAACGCGUACGCUGUCGUGUUUUGUGCGCGUGCGAAUUUGCAUAAACGUCGGAUCGCGACUUUACGCGGAGAACGGUCUCGCUGCGAUGUUUCACCGCGCGAGCGCCAUUAUCUUUCGCAAAAAAAAAAAGUAUCGCUUACGAAAACGUGCUUAAUCGAUAACUAACGAGAAGGAGUAUGAAUUUAAACAUAUAAAUUGGAAAUGUGAAUUGCGAGUCAAUAAACUCUACAAACCUGUGAAUCUGUGAACUCGAACAAAAAAUGGAGAUGGCUACCUUUGCGUGCUAAAAAGAAAAAUCGGCAGUGCCGAUGAUUCGUGUUUGGAGAAUAAACGUGUGCCUGAAUUUUCAAUGUGAAAGAAUUUGUGUGAGGAUCUCGCGGGACAAACACCAGGUCGACAAACAGUAGGUCCAGAAGAAUUGAGAAAUCGAAAAAGAAAUGCAUAUCCGGUCGCAACAACAACUGGGCGCUCGCGGGGUCUCCAUGGACAUGAAAACAUCAUGGGCGGCUCAGGAAUACGACUCCACGUUUCCCAAUUUGGAAACUAUGGCCCGCUUCCAGCAGAAGCAGCUGCAGGAGAAGGAGCAGAAGCUGCUGCAGCUGUACGACCAGCAGCAGCAGAGGGCCUACCAGGUGGUGCAGCGGGGUAGCGCGGGUUCCAACAGCUCGCAUCACGGUUCCACCGCGGCCAGAACCACGACAACGACGUGCACGUCGAGCCACUCGACCUCGACCUCGCAAGGCGGUAAGGUGAGGCAAAUGUUCGACGAGAGGCGGCAGACUACCGUGAAGGGAAUCGACAGGAGCUACCCGCUGGAACCGCUCGAGAACAGGCUGCGUAAGCAAGCGAACGCGAACGGCGUGGCGACGCAGAGGAACGGUAAUGUGACGGUGAAUCGACAGUCCGUGAAACGCGUGACACGCGCGGACGUCAACAGCAACGUUAACGGCGGCAAACCCGUCGUUUCUUACCACGAAGAGAUCAUUCGCGACUCGUUCGGGCCGCCCGUACGUCGUCACGACGACGACGACGACUACGGCGUCGAGAGUCGCGUCGCCACGUUCGCCAAUGGACAUUAUCGUCACGAAAUUGACAACGAGCAAGAAGAAUCGUUGGACCAGGACACGAUAGAGAGAAAUCGCAUGAUGGCAAAGAUACAUCUGAUGGGGUUCGACGAGACUCUGAAGCAUCGCGUGAGGAACGAUUUGAACAGCGAGGAGUUUCCGGAAUACCUCAUGGCGGAUGCGCCCGACAAGCUCUCGAAGAGGAAUGUCACGAAGAAAUUGUCUCAGGCGGAAGAGCGACUCGAACGAUUUAAGAACGCGAACGCGAAAAGGAGUAACGCGCCGAAACAGUCGACUCCGACCAGCACGGUGAUAAAAAAGCGGUCGGAACAAGCGACAAAAUCGAAUUCCAGAGCAAGGAGCGAGAUCGCCGGAACUUCCCCGAUCAGCGCGAGAAGCGGAAGUAGCUGGACCUCAGAGCUCAGUCAAAGGAUUUUCGAAAACGCAAAAAGUCCGCUGCCGGUUAGAUUUCGCGUAGCUGACGAAAUGAGCGCGAGACGAAGUUCGGAUACCGAGAUAUUCAGCCAACGCAGAAGUCCGCGAAGCUUCUCGGCGAGAGGAACUACAAAGGCGGAGACCACUUCAAGAUUUUAUCCUCGGAGUAAUGAGUUCAAGUCAUUGACGUCCGAUGGGAAAAUAAUCGUUAGACGUAGCGCGAGUCCGCAGUUCUUUUGUAGAGAAUCCGAAAGAUCUGCCACGACUAUGAGCAUCGAUCGAAAAUCCGAUUCGUCCGGAUCGCCGUUAUUUCACCAGGAAACGUUCACGAAACGAAACAAAAGCCCGCGAUUCUUUCUUCAUAAAUCCGGACACUCCCGCAGAAUGAGUGAGUCUAAGUCACCAGUAUGGAGUAUCAGAAUUUCGUCAAGCCAAAGCACGAGUCCGCAAUAUUUUCGUUAUGAACCCAAACGAACCGAAACACCCAUGAGUACCGAUCGAGAAACUAUUCGGUCCAAAUCCCCCGAGUGGAGCAAGGGAAUAUUAACAAAGCGCGAUAUGACCGAUUUCGAACGGAAAAAAAUUCAAACAAGUACGACUCUUGGUCGACAGUCUUCUCAAUUUAAAUCGCCACUGUAUGAAGAGAAAAUAUUAAAAAGGCGAAGCACCAGUCCACAAUUCUUCUGCAAAGAAUCCGAACGCUCUGCCACGACUAUGAGCAUCGAUCGUGCAACUAGCGGCUCUAGAUCGCCGUCACACGAUCGAGAAAUAGUAACGAAACGAAGAGCAAGUCCGCAAUUCUUCCUCAGCGAGUCCAAACAAUCUCGCAAAACGAGUGAGUCUAAAUCACCGAUAUGGAGUGACAGAGGAAUUUCAUCGAGACAAAGCACGAGUCCGCAAUAUCUUCGUUAUGAACCCAAACGAACCGAAACACCCAUGAGUACUGAUCGAGAAACUAUUGGGUCCAAAUCCCCCGAGUGGAGCAAGGGAAUAUUAACAAAGCGCGAUGUGACCGAUUUCGAGCGGAAAAAAGUUCAAACAAGUACUCUUGGUCGACAAUCUUCUCGAUUUAAAUCGCCACUGUAUGAAGAGAAAAUAUUAAAAAGGCGAAGCACCAGUCCACAAUUCUUCUGCAAAGAAUCCGAACGCUCUGCCACGACUAUGAGCAUCGAUCGUGCAACUAGCGGCUCUAGAUCGCCGUCACACGAUCGAGAAAUAGUAACGAAGCGAAGAACAAGUCCGCGAUUCUUCCUCAGUGAGUCUACGCAAUCUCGAAAAACGAGUGAGUCUAAAUCACCGAUAUGGAGUGAUAGAGAAAUUUCGUCGAGACAAAGCACGAGUCCGCAAUAUCGUGAAUCCAAACGGUCCGAAACGGCUAUGAGUACCGAUCGAGAGACUAUUGAAUCCAAGUCGUCCGAAUGGAACAAACGAAGCUCAAGACCGCAAUUUUUUUGCAGAGAAUCCGAACGAUCUGGCACAACUAUGAGCAUUGAUCGCAAAGUUAGUGGACCUAGAUCGUCGUCGUAUGAUCGAAAACUAUUCACGAAGCGAGGCGCAACUCCACGACUAUCAAACGGAAAGACCGAACAGCGAUCUGCAACAAACAUCAAUUGGAAGUACAGCGGGUUGAAAUCGCCUGAAAUCAUGCGCGACAAGCGCUCCACAACGAGUCCGCAAUUCUUCUGCAAAGAAUCCGAAAAAUCUGCCACAACGAUGUUGAUCGAACCAAGACCGAGGUCGGUGGAUUCCACCAAAACUGUAUUAAAACAUGUCCCAGAUUCUUUCUACGGGCGAUCUGUAAAAUCUCCGUUUGAUAAAAAAAUCAGUUCUACGAAAUAUAGACACACUCCAAGUCCUUCGGUUACUGGCCACAGAGUGAAAAGACCUACGAGUAAAAACGAAGUCUCCAACAGUAUUACAGCUCGCAGAUCAUCGAGAAUCUCGGAGACCUCCGCGACAUCGGCCAGCUCGAUCGUAGACCUCAGAUACGGUUUAGAAUUCGAUAAUAUUUUACAAUCAGCAGGACUCGUCCGUAAAUUUAUGAAGUCCCAAAACGGAAAGCAGCGCACGAUUCGUCAAUCGCCUUCGAAACGCAACAUUACGGACGUAAAUGCACGAAUCUCCGCGAGAGGCGAUCAAUCGAAAAAUCGGCGUAAAACAUCGCCGCUUCUCCAAACAACGAGUUCGCCAUCUAUCGAAGGCAGGAAGAGAGCUACGCCGGAAUUCUCGCGCAAAACUAUUACUCCGACAGAAGUUGACAUGGACAUUCAAGAGAUUACUAUGACGGAUCAUCGUAUUGAAUACGACAAACGGCAAAAAGCGUCGAGCCCAAUAUCGGAGCGACAAUUUGAUGGAACGUGCACGAAAUCGCCUGGCAGUGGAGCGAAAUUCCAAGCCUCGAUCACCUAUCCCGUUCGUAAAACGCACAGACAGAGAGAAUCCAUUUUGAAAUGGAGCGCUUUCAAGGGAGAUCUCUCCGAAAGAGGAUCCAUGGGUCGUCGAAGCGAUCGAGAGAGCGGGAAAAGUGUCAUCAGCCUGAGUAAAUUCGGUCCUGUAAGCGAAAGUUCUCGUAUCAUAACUCGAGACAGGGAAGACGAAAGUAGCACGUCUUUCCGAACGCGGGACCAAUCCGCAGGAAAUCAAGCUAAAUACAUCGCGACUCGAUCCACGAGACGCGAAGACCGACAGCGCGCGAGUUCUCGAUCUCCAAAUCAAAUGCGGAGUCGUUUCACAGAAAACAGGGCUGACAGUCCGAAAGCAAAGUCUCCCGAUUUUUCUAGGGGAACAAAAUAUGCCGAUACAGUUUCGCCGAUUUUAUACGACUUCGCGAAGAGGACCAAAGGGGCACGCACAAAAUUCGAUCAACCGCAAAGCUUGCGGUCCGCGCGACUGGUGCAGGGCGCUGCAAACUCGUCUACAGACGACAAGUAUAAUCGAGGAAGAGAAGGAGAGAAGACGAAAGACAUAGCGGAUGUAGAUGAGGUUGACGCUAGGAUCGAUACGAAGCACCAAACGGUAGUUGGAACCGCUUUGACUGAAAAGAUCAAGGAUUAUCGCGCAAUCACUCGCCCAAACUCCGCUGAUCCGAUCACAAACAAAAAGGUCUUCCUUCGCGAAACGACGCAGAAGCCGAUGAAGUCGAGCACUUCAAAGAAAACAAUUUCUCCGACGAGAGAGUGUGGCAGGCGGUACGACGUAAGGUCUAGGGUUUCACCACGCAUUUCACCUUUACGGAAAACAGCAGAAAUUUCUCGUGACGCCUAUACCUCGAAAAUACUCUCGUCCCGGAGUAUCGUAUCGAAAACGGAUCAAAGCCCCACGUCCAAACUUUCGACGUCCACCAUCAAAGAUCGCAAACACGAGAGUGUACUAGUCGCGAAGAAAUUGGCGGACUCGUUCAAUAAAAUGAGCGUGAAGCGUAAGAUCGAAGAGCCGAAAGAUAGCGCGAAAGAACUUUCGAAAGUGUUACGCGAGAACAAAUGUGGAAAAGAUUUCGAAAGAUUGGACUCCGUGGAGUCGGCGUUGAGACGAUUCGAUUCCGUAGGCGCGGAAUCUGAACGUACGAGUCCGACGAACUUCCGGGCGUUUUCAGAGAUUUCCUUACAAACGAUAGACGUCCCAACAAAGGCCUCUAUUAAAGACUCGACCGCGUCGGAAGGAACAACGGUUCCUUGUCGCGAGAUAACGAAUCACACGAUUUUGAGAUCGGUGCUAAAAUCUCCAGUCGGCAAAGAUCUGAGAGCUAAAAACGCCGCGCAUAAAAGUGAUUUGAGGAUUCUCCAAAAGCAGACUCGUCCCUCUAAGAGGCCAACGAGAGCCGAAAGCAAGCAAAGCUCAACGAAAAUUCGAUCACCGACGUGCAAGCGGCGAUUGUUUGAAUCCGAUUCGGAGAGAGAGAUUCGAGGGUCAAAAUCGAGUUGCGUAAAAGCGCGAAAGGAUGAGAACAGUCCCUUUGUAAAUUUCAGCUUUCGUAAAGACAAAGCAGUCUCAGACGUAAGGUCUGCCAACGAUUUCGGUCGCGACGUUACGAGAGAAUCGAUGAGACCGCAAGAGACGGUCUCCGUGAAAUCGCUGCGGUCCAUCGACGAUAUCCGAAAGUCGAUCGAUAACGAACGAAAUAAAUUAGUCGCUACGAAAGGGUCGAGGUCAGCGAUUGCAAAUCGGCGUGCGACCUCGCGAGAGGGUGUCGACGCGAGGAGAUCAAGUCCCGCGACCAAUGCAGCGGAAAACGUAUUUCUCGGCGCCGAUCCCGCGAGGCUGAUUAAAAUUAAAUCCUGUGUAUCCAGGAUCACGAAGAGCCCGAGCCCCGAUUCGGCAGCGACAAAGCAGCGCGAGAUGAACGCGCGAAUGACAAGAGGAAGCGCUCCUUCGUCCCCCUCGAAGAGUCCUGAGGUUGCACCUAGGCGCACAGCUACAGAAUCGAGGAAUCAAGAAGCGAAGAGAAGAUCAAUGGUCGCGAAAGGCGCGGACUCGACCGGAAGUAAAAUGACCGGGGCAGUCAAUACAACCGACGGCGUCGUUUUCCGAAACGGUUCGCCGAACGAAUCUACAAGCAAAUCCGACGCCAUUGUGAUCGACUUCGACGAUCGACCAUCGAGUCAGGACGACGCAAUGCCAUUGAAAAAAUCCUCAAUGAAGAAGUCUUUUAACGACAAGCAACAGACAACUUCCAGUGCAUCGGGUCGGCCGACCUCGAAUUCUAGUGUCAACUUAAUUCAAGAUUCCAGUGCGAAAGGUAGAAUGGCGGAAAGCGAAAGAGGAAAAGGAGCAGGAAAAGGAGGAGGUAAAAGUAAAGUUAAAGGUACGGAAAAGUCUUCUUCCAGUAGUGGCAAGCUGGCAAACGAAUCGAGUUUCAAUGAAGAUGCAACUGACACGAAGGGUUUGGUAAAGUGUAAAACGUGCGGACGUAGCUUCGCGCAGAAUCGAAUCGACCUCCACGAAGAGAUCUGCAUGAAAACUGCGAUCAAGAAGAGGAAACAGUUUGACCCGGUGAUGAGCCGAGUUAAAGGAACCGAACUCGAGCCUUUCGUCAAGAAAGGCCUCGGCAAACGAGAGACGAAGACGAAGAAGGCGGAUACGAAGCUGGACUGGCGGCGCAAGCACGAGGAAUUCAUCAGCGCGAUCCGCUACGCAAGAGAGACGCAGGCACGAUUGGCGGCGGGUGGGAAUUUGAGCGAUCUGCCGCCCCCGCCGCCUAGCGAUACCAGCGAUUACGUCCAGUGCGAGCACUGUGGACGGAAGUUCAAUCGGUCCGCCGCGGAGCGGCACAUUCCGAUUUGCAAGCGUAUGCACGACAAAAAGCAGACGCAAGCGCCGAAGGCCAGACGCUAGGGAGGAAAUGGAAAUGCCUAGGAGGCCAGGCUCCUCAGCAGCCUCUCCGCAAAGAAGAAAGAUCGUACUCCCCGAUAAAUCAGCGUCUAAUCUUUUUCAGCUCUCCCUAUCCGAUUCACAAGCGUAACACUCUCUUCUGUGUCGUACGCGAGACGCGACUCGCUACGUUGUGAAAUUUUCGUCUGUUUCGUCCGCUUGUAAAAAGAUUUUUGACAGGCUGAUGUUGAAGAACUCGUUUCUAGACCGUCUUGAGUUUUAUGAAUUCACGACGGCGUGGGAAUAGAUUCUUUGACUGGUGAAUUUGCUGUGCUAUGACGCUAUCGAGUUAAACUGAACGAGGCAGAUGGAAAUUAAUCAAUAACAAGAAAGAUUAUCUAUGUGAACUAACGACAAUGUUGUAAUCAGCUGCAAAGCCGAGGUGAUCGAAUAUUCACAGCAAUAAUCGUUGAUGUUGAAAGGCAAACAGGUACGCCGCCGAUGACUAUCGCUUUUCAUUCGUGAAGCUGCUAUCGCCCAAGCGGGUGCUUUGAAUAACUAUCGAUGAAAUUUUUUAUCAAUUGAAUUUUACACUCGUUUCGUAAUUGAAUGCAUUUUUAUAACAGCGCAGCGAUUAUAUACACGCCAAGCAAAGAUGUAAAAAGGAGAUUAUGUACAUGAAAGAAAUAUAUUAUAUAUAGCACGAA